UACAAAAAGGAAAAGAUGCAAAAUAAAUGUGGCAAUUUAUUUUUUGUCGAUUCAGGGAAAAUAUAUUUGAAUGCAUUUGAUUCGAAUACUAGAUUUUAAGACAACUAAUAAUUGCUUCCAUUCCAGAUCAGAGAGAGGACAUGGAGUUUGAGGAUGGAUCGAGGAGUGUGGUGAUCUUGAAGCAGAUUUUGAGAUGGAGGAGACAUCACUGAAAGUCCUUGAGCGUCUUGGAGAAAGCAAGAUAUGUCUAGCCGCGCUCUGUGGUUUACCAGGUGCUGGGAAGACGUCACUGGCCGAGUCUUUGAUGGGGCCAUGUUACAAUCUCCAUGAAGGGAGGCCAGAACUUAGAGAUCCUACUGUCCUGCAUCUUUGCUAUGAUGAAGUCAUCCCAAGACAUCUUCAGAUCGAGAUGAUAAGAGAAGAUGAUGCCCCCAGAGCAACCACACUACAGAUUCCUGAGGUAUCGCCAUGGAAAACCUACCGGAAAGAGAUCAUCAGCUCUGUUGACUUCAUCUUGGAAAGAAUUCAUUGCAGCAAAACACUGAAUCUAAGAGAUGUCUUCAUUGAUUUAGACAGACACACAAGAAGCCAAGAUAUUUCACCAAUUGCUAUAGAAGUUCGGAUGAAACUGUUGUCAUUGUUUCGAGACCAGCUGAUGUCUAGAUUGAUGAAGGUUGAGACUCCUCCAUCCAGUGAAUGUGAACUUGAGACAUCAUCGAUUGUCUUCCUUAUUGAUGACAAUAUGUUCUACAGAAGCAUGAGAUAUGAGUAUUAUCAGUUGGCAAGGAAACAUUCUGCAGGAUUUUGUCAGAUUUAUUUACAAUGUAGUUCCGAUGAGGCCAUUGCAAGGAAUGCGAAACGUCAACAGGCCGUUUCCAUGGAGACAAUAAUCAAAAUGGCUGGCAAGAUGGAAGCACCAAACCAACAAGCUGCAUCAUGGGAAAGAAAUGUCGUUCAGAUCCUUGUUGAAAACGUUGAUAGUGACGACACCCUGUCUGCUUUGUGGAGUUUGAUUUCACGAGCUCUGAUGGCACCAGAGUCUCCAUUACAAGAAGAUAAUAUUGAAGAGAAGGAUUCUUGCCGUGCUGUUUGUGCCACCAAUGUAAUUCACCGGGUUGAUCAAAUACUGCGGAAGUGUGUUGCUAAGACAAUGACCUUGGCUAAAGAUAAAGGCUCGAUGACCAAAGCUGAGCUGAAAACCCUGGCAGCCAAACUCAACUCUGUGAGACAGAGUUUACUCCAGCAGGUUCGUGAUUGCACUGUUGUCCCACCACCACUAGAUGCUGAAGAAACAACCUCCAGAGGUGAUGAACCAAACAACUUUAAGACAUUCACAAUAGAGUUGUUUGAUAAACAGCUGGAAGCAAGUUGACCCCGCCGAACAUGAACAUGGAAAUCAACAAGAUUUUAAAGUAAUAACAUGUGGCGAUAGACAACCUUGAUCAUGGACCAAAAAUCUAAAACCUUGAUAACCUUCGAGCAACUGAAGCUAGGAAGACUUUACAAAGUUGGGAUGCAUGGUUCAGCAGGAGCACCAUACAGUGUCGUGUCAAGUGAAGAGACAAUCAGCUACUCAAGAAUAGUACUUGGAAACGAAAGAACAAACAAGAGACUUAAAACAAUGACUAUUUGAGAUGAAUAAUGUUUUAUUGGUAACAAAAUCUUAUGUAAUGAUGAAUUAGGUUUGCGUUUAUAACUAAAAUAUGCACCGAUUAAAA